AAAAAAAAAGUCUCGAUUCCGGCUUCAUCAACCACUCCACCUAUAGCUCAACCAGAAACACCCAUUCGGGAUGAUUGUUUGAACGGUCGGCUCGAUAAGCUGAGCCGGGUACUUCUCAAUCUAUACCACCAAACCGAGGAGACAAAUCUACACCUUCCUAAAAUUCUGCUCGGAAAUCUAAUCGCCAGAAACACCCUGUUGAAGAACGAACCAACGACCAUCGCGUCCAUCUACAGAGGAGAUACAUAUACAGCCAGGGACCGAACGAGCAUUCAUACCCGAAGCGAGAAAGAACCCGACGCGAGAGAAUUUUUUCUUUCCCAUUGCCGCAAUCAUGGAUAUUCACCGCUGUCGUUUCGUUCCCUACAACCCGCAAGCGAUCAAUGCGCUCGCCUUCUCGCACCCUCCCUCCGCCGAACUCGCCGGCCGCGGUGUCCCGACGCUGCGACUGGCGAUCGGGCGCGCCAACGGCGACAUCGAGAUCUGGAACCCGAUGCGCGGCGCCUGGUUCCAGGAGACGGUGCUGCGCGGGGGUAAGGAUCGGAGUAUCGAGGGCUUGGUGUGGACGCAGGAUCCGCAGGAGCCCGGCCCCGAGGGCACCAAGCUGCCGGGCAAGCUGCGCCUGUUCAGCAUCGGAUUCUCGACCGCAGUGACCGAGUGGGAUCUGGAGCAAGGCCGGCCGCUGCGCCACUCGAGCGGCAACUACGGCGAGAUCUGGUGUGUGGCGGCCCAGCCGCGCUGGCAGGCGUCGUCUUCAUCGUCGCGCGGGAACAAGACCACCCCCGCCGAGGGCGAGUAUACGGGUCAGCAUCUGGCGGCUGGCUGCGCGGACGGGUCGAUUGUGAUCCUGUCCACCGCUGAGGGGAACCUUCAGUUUGUGCGCCUGAUGCGCCCGUCGACGAAGCGGGCGCGCGUGCUGAGCGUCACCUUCCAGAACCGGAAUACGAUUGUUGCGGGUUAUGCGGAUAGUUCGAUCCGGUUGUUUGAUAUUCGCAACGGGCAGCUGCUGCGCACCAUGUCGCUCGGCAAGGGCCCCGCUGGCGGUACUAAGGAGCUGCUCGUCUGGUCGGUCAAGUGUCUCCCUGACGGGACGAUUGUGUCGGGUGAUUCGGCGGGUGAGAUCCGCUUCUGGGAUGCGAAGAACUAUGCCCUCAUCCAGCGGCUACAGGGCCAUAUAGCCGAUACCUUGGAUGUGGCGGUCAGCGCGAAUGGAGAUACCGUUGUCAGUGGUGGUGCGGACCAGAGGACGGUCGUCUACAGGAAGAAGGAUGGAGAAAAGAACGACAAGCGGGCGAGAUGGGUUGAGGUCAUGCAUCGUCGGUACCACACGCAUGAUGUCAAGACCUUUGCUGUCUACGAGACGAGAGAUAUCAGUAUCGUUGUUUCCGGAGGACCCGACGCUGCCCCCGUCGUCCUCCCCCUGCGCGAGUUCGGAAAAGAACAUCACAGAAAAUUGUCGAGCCUGCCUCAAAUACCCCAGCUUAAUUCCUCCCCCUCGUCUCGUCUGGUAAUGAGCUUCUGGGAUCGCGAAGUCAGCAUCUGGCGCAUGCUGCGUGGGCCCGUGUCGCACGAGGUUCCUGAUGGACAACGGCACCGCUUAGUUGGCAAGGUUAUGAUUCAGGGCGAAGAGAACAUCACCUCCGCCAUGCUGUCCGCAGACGGAAAAAUUCUGGUGGUGGCCACCAUCUCUACUAUCAAAGUGUUUGCCGUGCGUCGACGCAAGAGUGACGAGAAGGGCACUCUUCGCGUCCAGAAGCUGGAUGUUCCUGAAGCGCUCACAGAGGACGGAGCUCGGUUGGUCACCGUUGCCCCUGAUAGCCGGUGGAUCUGUGUCGUCCGCCCGAACAGUGCUAUUUACCUUGCCCGGAUUCAACCCGCCCCUACCGCCCAAGAAAAGCCCCAGAUCAUGCCCCAGCUUGUCAAGCUCAACCGGGCUUCCCGUCACUUGCGCUUCGAGAAGGCUUCGCACGGCACGCUAGGUGACUACGAGCGAUCGGUCCGCUGCGUCGUGUUCUCCCAUGACAGCAACGUCGUCGCUUCGGGUGACCUUUCCGGCUGCGUCGACACCUGGGUUUUGGAGAAAGCGGACGGGGCCGCCUCGAGCCAACAGAACAAGAAAAUCACCGCCGGAUCUGACGAUGAAGACUCCGACGACGAAGACGACGAAUCGCCCAUUGUGGAGGGCGAACGGUGGAAGUACGCGGCGUCCGAGUCUCCCAUCCCGCGUCUCAAAUCCGGUGUUGUCCUCCUCUCCUUCCGGCCCGCCAACCUCGCCAAGUCCAAACUCCUGACCAACGGCGACAACAAGAAGAGCAGCGAGACCCGGCUUAUGGCCCUGACGAGCGAACACCAACUCGUCGAAUUCGACGCCGCAGAGGGCAAACUCUCCGAUUGGUCGCGACGCAACCCCAAGGCCUUCCUUCCCGCCGAGUUCCGGGGCGUCAAGGACCGCGCGAUGGGCUGCGUGUGGGACCUCUCGAAGACCCGGGAACGACUCUGGCUCUACGGCACAUCGUGGCUGUGGAUGUUUGAUCUGAACCAGGACUUCCCAUCCCCCGAGGAACUGACCGCCGCCGCCGACAUCCCUGCCACUACCAACACCUCCAACAACAACCCGACCUCCACCCCCAACAAGAACAACAAGAAUACCCAGCUCACCACGACGAACAACAACCAAAAACGCAAGCGCGACCCUCAAGAGGAUGACUCCACCACCGCCCGCAGCACCAAGAAACCCAACAGCGGUGCCGGAGACCGCAUGUCCAUGGCCCAAUCAGACCUCUUCUUCGGCACCAAGAUGCGCAAGAUCGUCGGCGCCGACGACACCCACGCCGAGGAAAUCUCUCUCGAGGGGACUCCGUCCCGGCCCCGUGGCAAAAACACCCACGACAACAACGAUGAUGACGAAGAGGAGGACGACGAGGACCGCACCGCGCAGAACGAAGUGGCGCUGGCGCGGCUCCGUCGUGAGCGGCAGGCCAUUGAGACCAGCACCCCCAUGAAGCGGGUCUCUCUGGGCGGCCGACAGGAGAAGUCGCUGCUCAGCCAGGAGUCGACGAUGGACUCGCCUGCACCCAGUAAACAGAUCGUGUUGGCGACCGGUGACGAGACCAAGAGCCUGCCCGCUCGCCGCUGGUGGCACACCUACAAGUACCGUGAUCUGUUAGGUAUCGUCCCCCUGAGUGCCGCGGGUCCCUACCACGCUGGGAGCGGGGAUGCGCUGUCCUCGGAGGAGGACGAGGACGAGGAGGUCGACGGGGAGCGAUUCCUUGAGGUGGCUGUUGUGGAGAGGCCGAUGUGGGAUGUUUAUCUGCCGGAUCGGUGGUUGAAGGGUUAUGAUGAGUAGACGUGGAGGGGGUUGAGUCGAUGAGGGAAGGUUGUAGAGUGAGGCGAGCAUAGGUGGGCGAG